GAGCGAGCUGACUGUGGCAAGAUCUACCCUUUUUAUAUCUAUGUGCAGUGAGAGGCCACACGAGACGGUGUCACGGUGAUAUAUCGCGAGAACACCAUGUGAUCGUGAGCUUCCGUAGAAGCAGAGCAGGUGUGCGCUGAUUAAUGACUCCAAAUGUUGUGUGUGAGUGGGAAUCCUCCGGAGUGAGUGAUGCCUCUUUGAGAUUUAAGCUGACAAAGUGAUUUAGUGUUCCUAACAUGACCAACAAACACGAGGCUCCAAAUGCUGCUGCCAGACUCUCUCAGCUGCCCGUGGUUCGCUCUGCUUGUAGCAAGCUUUCACACAUCUACACCGACACUAAACACAGCCACCCGACCCUGAGGACAAUGUGUGAGACGCUGGAGAGCAGCGUGACGGCUCUCAGUACUGUGGCCAGUGACCGUGUCUCACCUGUCAUUGUUAAACUACAGCCCCAGAUUUCUGCUGCAAAUGAUGUGGUGUGUAAAAGUCUUGACUGGCUAGAGAUCACCUUUCCUGUGCUUCACACACCUGCAGAGGAGAUUGUCGCCACAGCCAAGAACAAGGUGCAUGAGAUCCAGGACGUGGUGAGCCUUGUAGCAAACGGGACCAAGGACUGUGUCACAUGGGCGAUGGAGAGGAUGCAGCAUGCAGGUGAUGGGAUGAACAACACUCUGGCAGAGAGAGCCAUCACUGUGGCCAGCAUGGGUCUGGACUCUGCUCUGAACACAGCAGAGGCCCUGGUGGACCAAGUUUUGCCUCCUACUGAAGAAGAGAAAAAAGACGAAGAAGAAGCAGCAGCGGCAGGUCACUUGGUGCAGGGCUUUGAGGGAGUCGCACUCAGGAGAAGCUACGGCGUGCGACUGGCGUCUCUUACUGCCGCGCUGUGUCGGAGAACCUACCACGUGGUUGGGGUCAAGGUUCUCUUUGUUCAGGUGGAGCACCUUCAGAUCAUGUGGCUGAGCCUGGUGUGGAACCUGCAGGGGGUGCCUCAGUACCUGCAGUGUCAGGCUGUGUCCAUGUUUUUCUUUUUCUCUCAGAUUUACAAAUUAAGCUGCCCACCACCUGAACAGAACCAGUCCUGUCAAGUUAGAAGACGUCUCAAUGCAACCAGGGCUUUGUCAACUGACAAGGAUGUGACACAGGUCAGCCCAAAGGUUUCAUCACUACCCUACCGGACAAGGUCGACAAUGUCUCCCGUUAAAGCAUGCAUGUGUUACUUUAAAUAAAAGGUGUUAAAAUUGGUCCCACAGCUGUCACAUAAUGGUGUAAAAUAAAGUUAUUU